UCUCUUCCAUGCUUGCUAGAGUAGAAUGUGUAUCGUACGGUAAUAUUUGUAGCUUCUAUCGGCCUCCACAAGAGGGAGCCGGAGGGCGACACACGGCGGUAAUUAUGCGCUCUGCCAAAAAAGUUCGUUCGCUUUUUAAAAUGCACUUCACCAACAUCCAUAAAAGUACGACGGGAGACGCAGGUGGACCGCGCUAAGGACUAUGGGUAGGUUCGUGCCUUCAAAUAGUUCGAAGGAAUAUGAUUCUGAUUGUCUUUUAGUUUGCUAUAUUAUUUAUUUUUCUAUGGAGAGCAUGUAUAUACAAGGUUGUAGUAUGUAUUGAUGCAAUGUCAUUAGUUGGUCCUGAAUGGAGGUUACACGUUUACUAGUAAUCACACGUUUAAUUGAAUACUGGUGAAAUAUCAACGAAGAACUAAAAGUGACACCAACAACUGCGACAAAGUGGCAUGGACACCGAAACGGCCGUGUGUAUCUAACUGAAUAGCAAGUGCUUCUUUUCAGAAACCUUAUGUGGAAACAUCUGGUCCUUCUCCGAUCAUUGUCAUUUACAUGGUGCGCUGGAGGAGGUGAUGUUCUAAUAAAGUCUCACCCCAGAAGGUCGUUUCAUUUAUAUUCUGGAUCGACCAUGGCCAAAAGUAAAUUCGAGUAUGUCCGCAAUUUCGAGACUGACGACACGUGUCUGAGAAACUGCUACAUUGUCGUGCGUCUGGAUGGCCGCAACUUUCACAGGUUUGCAGAGCAGCACAGCUUCGCCAAGCCCAAUGACGAGCGCGCCCUGGGUCUCAUGACCCACAGCGCUCGAACGGUGAUGGAGGAGCUGGAGGACAUCAUGAUCGCUUAUGGGCAGAGCGACGAGUACAGCUUCGUCUUUAAGAGGUCCUCAAAUUGGUUCAAGAGGAGAGCCAGCAAACUGGUGACUCAUGUAGCCUCCCAGUUCUCCUCCAGCUAUGUUUUCCAUUGGCGUGAUUAUUUUGGGGAGCAGCCGUUGCUCUACCCCCCAGGCUUUGACGGCAGGGUGGUCCUCUACCCCAGCAACCAGAACCUAAAGGACUACCUGAGCUGGCGACAGGCCGACUGUCACAUCAAUAACUUGUACAACACAGCAUUUUGGAAUUUGGUGCAGAAGGGCGGUUUGAGCACCUCUCAGGCAGAAGAGAAACUAAAGGGCACAGUAGCAGCCGACAAAAAUGAAAUAUUAUUUUCCGAGUUCAACGUAAACUACAACAAUGAACCUUCGCUGUACAGGAAAGGUACUGUCCUCAUCUGGGAGAAGGUGAAUGAGACGACAAUGAAACAGGUCAGGCUGCCUAAUGAGGAGGAGAAGGAGGUGACCGUGAUGAGGAGUAGGAGCAAAGUCACGGCCCAUCACUGUGAUGUCAUCGGGGAGCAGUUCUGGCAGCAGCAUCCGGAGAUCCUGGAAUCUGAUGGCUGAAUGUGAGCACAGGCGGUGAAUGACCUCUGCUGACCGUUCCUGCAGCAGCACUUAGCGAUCACAGGGAGGCGCUGUAAGGGCAUUUUCAGAACAUAAGCUUUGCUCAUCAAGAAUUUUGGAUCAGUUUUAACUCUUGUGAGUUCUGAAAUACCGUAAGACACCAAUCGGCAGUCUUAGAGGGCCUAUUGAUCAGAUAACCAGAUAUUUUUUUAACCUGAAUAAAAAGUGCUCGUGGUAUACUGGUCUGAGAUGUGAAUUGCCUGUGAUAGCCUUCAGUUGGGUUUAGAAUGGACCAAGCACAGAGGGUAAGAGGAGUUGUCUAUUAAAUGUGUGUGGAGUGAUAAACUUAUAAGAUAAGCAUGUCUGUAUCACUGUGCCCCCUACAGGUCUGUAGUGCAAAUGCAUCCCUUUUGUGAAAGGCUUCCUAAACUGAAUACACAGCAAAUCAAAAUUCAGUAAAAAAAAAA